CUUCUAGGCACUAGUCCCUGCAGCUCAGCCAUGGCCAAGGCAACUCCACGCACCGUGCUUAUCACCGGCUGCUCCUCGGGCAUCGGGCUGCGCAUGGCUGUGCAGCUGGCACAGGAUCCUGGCAAGCGAUUUCACGUCUAACCUGAAGUCUCUCUUUACUGCACAAUAUGUGGCUCUGUGGGGGUUUUGGACUGAGAAAGUCAAAGCUGAAAAGUGGAACAAUGAAUCAUUGCCACCAUGCGUGAUCUCCGCAAGAAAGAUAAACUGGAAGCAGCUGCUGGAGACACACUCAAUAAGACUCUCACCAUCCAGCGCCUUGACGUCUGCAAUGAUGAGUCUGUAACUGAAUGCAUCAACAGCCUUCCUGGGAAACAGCUGGAUGUGCUGGUGAACAAUGCUGGGGUGGGGCUCGUGGGCCCCGUGGAGUCCAUAUCCAUCGAUGAUAUGAAGCGUGUCUUUGAGACAAACUUUUUUGGUGCCAUUCGCAUGAUCAAAGCUGUUCUCCCUGAGAUGAAGAAACGUCAGAAAGGGCACAUUGUUGUCAUCAGCAGCGUCAUGGGGUUACAAGGUGUCCCCUUCAAUGAUGUCUAUGCUGCCUCCAAGUUUGCAAUGGAAGGGUUCUGUGAAAGCCUGGCUGUACAGCUCCUCAAAUUCAACAUUUUCAUAUCUAUGGUGGAGCCUGGCCCAGUGAACACAGAAUUUGAGAUGAAGCUGAUGGAGGACGUGGCACGUUCUGAGUUCCCAGGAGCCGAUGCUGCCACAGUGCGCUACUUCAAGGAGAUCUAUCUGCCAGCUUCACAUGAGAUCUUCACCACCAUGGGCCAGACUCCUGAGUCAGUGGCUAAGGCUGUUGUGAAUGUCAUUGCAAAAGAGCGUCCACCAUUCCGGACACAGACCAAUACACUGUACACCCCGCUGGUGGCCCUGAAGUAUGCUGACACCUCAGGGGACCUCUCUGUUGGGACCUACUACAACCUGCUUUUCCGCUUCACUGGCAUUUUCCACCUCAGCAUGAGCUUCCUCAAAUGCAUCACUUGCAGCUGUUUCCGGCGCCGGGUGACACCUGCCUGAGGAGAUGGUUGCUGGAUGGUAGUGCAGCCUCACCUCUCUGCAGGGACCUCCUUUGGAUGACCAAGGUUCAAGUAGAAGUACAUAAGAUGUUUUGCUUCAGAUCAGCACCUACCCUGGCUUGAAAGUUGCAGGGCUCCUGGAGACUUUGCAGAUGAGGAAGUGUGGCAAGGGGAUGAGCAGUGAACUUGUUCAGGAGGUGGGUAGCAGUUGGCACCUUUCCUGAGCAAGAUGGCUCCCUACCCUUGCCCUGUGUAAGAUCAGGCCUUUGUAUUUCAUGGUAAUGGCAUUCUAGAAUGCAUGUAUAUGGCUGGAGUGAUCAGACUAGAAAGCUAGAGAGGAGGAAAUGGAAACUUGUGAUUCUACUUUUGGUCUGUUUUCCAUGCCUUUACAGAUAUAGAAUGAAAGGCAAUGAGAUUGAGCUUUGAUGGACUGUAAAAGUUCCAUCAUACAUGUGCUGUUGUUCAUGUGCCAUCAAAUCAGCUUUGACUAAUGAAUGAGAGACCUCCAAGUUACCUUGCCAUCAACAGCCCUGCUCAGGUCUUGCAAACUCAGGGCCAUGGUCUUCCUUUUUUCCUCCUACUGCCUUUAGCUUUACUGAGAAAUAUUGUCUUCUCCAGUGAAUCAUACAUAACUCAAGAGAAAGUAAUGUGGACUUAAUGCGUAUAAAGUAAUGAAGACAGAGUAGUCACAGGAGUUCCAUACAAUCUGGGUAGCAACCCACUCCCCUGCGGAGUAGGGGCUUAAGAAGCCUAGAAUCCUACUUUGCAAAUUGUAUCAAUUUCCCUCAAUUCUUUCAAAUUGAAGUGGAGAUUUGGGCCUUUGUCUUGUGAACCCAGCUAUAAACUGGCCAGAAAUUAUGAGGCAGAAUGAGGUGAAGGUGACAUGAGUCAAAGCUGCAGGUUGACUUGAAACAAAUUGGCCUUCAGCUUGAGGAAGCUAUUAUAUUAUGAUGAAAGCUUACAUAAUAUUAGCUAAAACUGGCAUACUGUGAACUUAUCAGAGCCCUGGCUGAGCUUUCAUUGAUGUCCCAGCAUGUUGAUGAAUAUCCUAACUUCUGAGAAAGAAGGUUAAGCACUUCAUAAAGAUCUAACAUAAAAAGGCAAAAAUCCUGAAGGAAGUUUGAAGGAAAUUAAAAGACUAUUAAUACAGCUAAGUAAGAUCCCUCAAUAUCUAAAUGGUAUUUGCAGAGUAAUGCAGCUGCUGUAAAGAAAGUUGAAGUCUGACAAGGUCAAAAUAUGAGACAAGCGGUUCUGGGUGAAAAAGGUACAGAGGACCCAGGACUGAGGAGGCUAGAAGAAAAAGGAGGAUCCGCAGUAUCAUUGCUUGGGGCAAUGAAUCUACUCUGGGUUUAACUCUAAACUUUAAAUGAGAUAUUCAAGUACCAGGCCUAUUUGGGAGCUAGGAUUCAGGACUUUUGACCUCUUUAAAGGUUUGAGAUUCACCACCUCAGUGACAUGGAUGCCACCAGCUGCCAUAGAUUAGCAGCCCCUUCCCCAAAAUAAAAGGCUUGGGGGGGGGGGUCACGUGCGAUUGUUUAGAAUGAGAAUGGCUACAUUAAGGGUUUUGCCUCCUAAGAGUGGCCAAGGGGAGACUAGAGUAAAUUUCUGAGCAGAGCAUGAUAGUGGGGAAUGUGUGGCCCUUCAAAUACCACUAGAUUGCAACCCACAACAUCCCUCACCAUAGACUAUGCUAACUAGGAGUGAUGGAAGUUGUAGUCCAACAACAUCCAGAGGGCCACAUGACUCAUUAUCACUGCUCUUGGUGCUCCUGUGAUGGCCAUAGCUUGAAAGUAGCACUAGCAGACCUAACACCCAUCUAUCCAUUUACACCAAGUUUCUAUAAAGUUACUAAUGCCGAAAAACAGUCCUAAAUGCUAUUUUCCAACUUUUACCACUAAAGGAAUUCCUGGGUCCCAAAUCAGCUUGUCUGCCAUGGAGCCUCUGUGCUACAGAACAUUUGGCAGCAAGUUCUAAGUGCAUGGCCAGUUCAACAGAGGGAGAACCAUGCACCUUUCUAGAUGUUGUUGGACUGUAUCUCUUGCCACUAUAGCCAAAGGCAUGGAAUACUGGGAGUUGAAGUCCAGCCACAUCUGCAGGACCACAUAAUUCCCAUCCCCAGUACAGAGCAGGAGCUGGGUCUACUGGAACUUGCUAUUACCCCAUAAUAAUUGACCACAGCCAACAAUCCAGAGCACAGCCAAUACUCCAGUGUGGGUGCACACUGCUGGAAAAGGUUGGCAGUGGUUAUUGGCUAUGCCUAUCUUUCAGGGAAACAUUCGUAUAUCAUCACCAGAGCUUGGAAAGAUUAUCUGCAACAUCCAGAAUCCCCCAACCUAUUUCACAGGUUGUUCUCCCUAUAGGUUGUCCCUGUUGUUCUCUGCCCCCUAACAGCUGUCCUAUCUUACUUAUUUGGUUAAUAUAGAAAUAGGAGCUCAUGAGGCAUUUCAAACUCAUGGGGAAUUGCUUGCCAUGUCAGCGCUCGCCUCUGCAAUGUCAGGUAAUGCACCCCACCAUCGUCAAUGUUACACGUAGCACUUGCUGCGUACCAUUGUCCUCAAGCAUAGAAAAGGCCCUAAGUGUAAUCUUUAUACCUACAAGGAAAAUCAGAAAAGAGGUUCUUGGGAUGAGCUAGAGAGAAUAUAACUUAGGAAUCAUGUUGUUUUACCAGAGACAGGUGAUUUAUUAAGAACAGAGGAGUGAAACGUGUGCUUUCCUCCAGCCAUUGUUAGAUUAUAACUCCUACAAUCCUUCACAACUUGUUGUGCCAGCUAGGACUGAUGAACAGUGCAACCCAGCAGCACCUGGAAGGUGACUACAUAGUCUGUUUGUGAAGAAUGUAAGCAGCAGCACUGGUGCCAUUUCAAAAAGGACAUUCUCUAUUUGGGCCACAUUUGUGGGGAGGAUAUCAUCAUUCUUACCUUUUUUGUUUAGAUA